AUUUGUUUGGACGUGUACGUGUUCAUUUCCUGUGUCAAACCGACAAGAGUGAAACGAAAUAUACAAGCCCUUGUUACAUUUAUCUUUAAAUUAUUUACGAAAACCAAUGAUACAUAGUGAAAAGAAUAAUGUAGAUGAGUUAAUAAAGCAAGAGGAAACGGAAAAACAGGAGAUGAUGAAAACAUUGCCAUCCAGUCAGGCUUGUCGCUUGUCAGUUGAGGAGACUUGCCAGAUUCUGGAGGUAAACCCUGCUAAAGGGCUUGAUUCAAGUGAAGUAGUGAGGCGUCGGGCUAUCCAUGGCCAGAAUGAUUUUGAAAUCAACCAAGAGACUCCCCUGUGGAAAAAAUACCUAGAGCAGUUUAACAACCCACUUAUACUGUUGUUGUUGGGCUCUGCUGUGGUCAGUGUGUUUAUGCGGCAGUUUGACGAUGCUAUUAGUAUUACUGUGGCAAUCAUCAUUGUUUCAACUGUAGCUUUUGUACAGGAAUACAGAUCUGAGAAGUCCCUAGAAGCUUUGACAAAACUUGUGCCACCUAAAUGUCACUGUCAUCGUAAUGGAAAACUUGAAGAUUUCUUGGCUCGUGAAUUGGUUCCCGGCGAUGUUGUUGAUCUCAUGGUCGGAGACAGGGUACCAGCCGAUCUUAGACUUAUACAAGCAAAAGAUUUGGCCAUUGAUGAGUCCAGUUUUACAGGGGAGAAUCAUCCUAGCACAAAAAGUAGUUCCACCAUUCCUAAAGAUGCCAUGAUGAAUAAUAAUAUAACUCAGAGAACUAAUAUAGCUUUUAUGGGAACAUUGGUCAGGUGUGGUAGGGGACAGGGUAUAGUAAUUGGUACUGGGCACAAUUCAGAGUUUGGUGAGAUUUUCAAAAUGAUGCAGGAUGAAGAGGCACCAAAGACUCCAAUGCAGAAGAGUAUGGAUAUUUUAGGAAAACAGCUAUCAUUUUAUUCCUUUUGUAUAAUCGGCAUGAUUAUGUUCCUUGGUUGGUUCCAGGGACGUCACAUUCUUGACAUGUUUACAAUAGGAGUAAGUUUAGCUGUGGCUGCCAUACCAGAAGGUUUACCAAUAGUUGUGACAGUGACCUUGGCUUUGGGUGUCAUGAGAAUGGCCAAGAGGAAAGCCAUUGUUAAAAAGCUUCCAAUUGUAGAGACAUUAGGUUGUGCCAAUGUAAUAUGUUCAGAUAAGACUGGUACCCUGACAAAGAAUGAGAUGACAGUUACGCACAUAUAUUCUGCUGAGGGUACACAUGCUGAGGUUACAGGUGUAGGGUACAAUGGUAUAGGAAAUGUGUUGUAUGAGGGAACGAGUGUGGACAGUAAAUCACAUCCUGAUUUGUGUAAGGUGAUAGAGGUCGGCUGUAUAUGUAACGAUGCGGAGAUCUGUGAUGACCAGCUUCAUGGUCAGCCAACAGAGGGAGCUCUACUUGCUUGCGCUCUGAAGAUGAACUUGCAUAAUUUGCGUUACCUGUAUAUACGUACAGACGAGAUGCCGUUUAACUCUGAUAACAAGUACAUGUAUGUUCAGUGUACUCCAAGAUAUGGCCAGAUGGCUGAUGAUGGUAGUAAGGAGAAGAUAUAUUUUGUGAAAGGAGCAUUACAGAGGGUGUUAGAGAAGUGUACAAGGUUUUAUAGUAAUGGUACCACCAUUGAACUUCAAGAUAAACAAAAACAAAUCUACGGUAAAGAGGCCUAUAGAAUGGGCUGCAAUGGUCUAAGAGUGUUAGGAAUGGCAUAUGGACCCAGUAUGAAUAAUCUAGUGUUUGUGGGUAUGGUAGGGAUAACUGAUCCACCAAGACAGGGAGUGAAGGAAGCAAUAGCUCAGCUGAGAGCUGGUUCUGUGUCAGUUAAAAUGCUGACUGGUGAUUCUGCGGAAACUGCUAAAGCUAUAGGAGCUAAACUUGGUCUCACAUCUAAUGGGGAGACAACUCUAUCAGGAGAAGAAAUCGAAGCUCUUGAUUUAUCUUACUUGAAAAACAUCAUAAAUAACGUCACUAUUUUCUACAGGGUAACUCCUCGUAAUAAAGUCAAAAUUGUUAAGGCAUUACAAGCGAAUGGUUUAGUUGUGGGUAUGACAGGAGAUGGUGUGAAUGAUGCAGUGGCAUUAAAGGCAGCUGAUAUAGGUAUAUCUAUGGGUAAAUCAGGUACCGAUGUGUCAAAGGAAGCUGCUGAUAUGAUAUUAGUGGAUGAUGAUUUCUCUGUUACAUUAAGUGCAAUAGAAGAAGGAAAAGCCAUAUUUUACAACAUAAGAAAUUUUGUUCGAUUUCAGUUGAGCACGAGUAUAGCAGCCUUGUCUCUGAUUGCAUUGUCUACAUUAUUUAAACUUCCAAAUCCAUUGAAUGCUAUGCAGAUUCUGUGGAUUAAUAUAAUAAUGGAUGGGCCACCUGCACAAAGUUUGGGUGUAGAACCAGUGGACCAUGAUGUGAUACGACAGCCUCCACGUAGAGUGAAGGACCCUAUAAUAACCAGAUAUUUUAUUGUAAACAUUAUGGUGUCUGCUAUCAUCAUUGUAAUAGGAACUCUGUGGGUCUUUUGGAGAGAGAUGAGUGAUAACAAGAUAACUCCUAGAGACACCACGAUGACAUUUACAUGUUUUGUAUUAUUUGAUAUGUUUAAUGCUCUCAGCUGUAGGUCACAGGACAAGUCUGUGUUACAGUUUGGCUUAUUUAGCAACAAAAUGUUUAUACUAGCAGUUGGUGGUUCACUGAUUGGUCAACUUCUUGUGAUAUAUUUUCCUCCACUACAGAGAGUUUUUCAAACAGAAGCAUUAUAUUUAUCAGAUUUUGUGUUUUUAAUAUCGCUGACAUCGUCUGUACUAGUAGUGUCAGAAAUUAGGAAGUUUAUACAGCGCAUGUUAGACAAGAGGCGUAAACGUCGUAACGAACAAGAUUCGUACUUCUUCGUAUGAUUGUGAUAUACAUGUUGUCUCGUUGUUACUUGUGUUUAAAUGAGAGAUUAUCAGGUGUAAAUGGAAGUUUUGUUUGUUAAAAGA